AGUCUGCCUUUAAAGAGAGGGAGAAGGAAGGGGGGGGAAGAAAAAUUAAUGAGCUACGCCCUGCUUUGUUGGCAGUGAGUCAAGAGUCGCUGGGAGGAAACCAGCGAGUCAAAGGAGUCUGUGCAGGGCUGCAUCUGACUCAGUGUGCAGUAGAGAGACCGCAGGCUGGAAAAACGAUUGACGCUGAUCCAGCUGAGUAAUAGAGGCCCACAACAGCAUCUGUUUAUAAAACUGAACUUCGGGUUGUCAUUAAAAAAAAAAAAGAAGAAAAAAAGAAAAAAGUAUAGUUACAAAUGUGGCAACGGGACUUCAACAAUGCAGUCACUCAAACAAACAGCCGGUUGGCAGGGGUCAUUCAUCAUGAGGCCGGGUGAGUCACAGUAUCCCCUCCCCGUGCUGCACAGAGAGAAGUCACCAAAGCUGGCAGCACUGGGGAACGGAAAUUGGACAUGUGGGGUUGUCAUGGACAAAACUUUUGGGAAUAUACCAAGGAGCAGAGAUGCUGAAGAUUUAGCGUUGUUUUGGUGGUGACUCCGGAGCAAGUUGGCCAGAUGGUGGUGGUUUGCUUCCAUGGAGAGAGAGCAGGCAAGGAAGAUGAAAUAAGGAGUUUGUGUUUCACAGUUUUCUGAGAUGGAGCUGCUGAAGGGAUUGCCAUGGCGCCGUGCUUUCCUGGCUGUCAUCCUCAACCUGCUUGCCCUCAGCCUCUCCACCACUGCCUUGCUUGGCAGCUACUGGUGCACUGGGACCCAAAAAGUACCCAAGCCUUUGUGUGGGAAGAGCAAGGCCACCAAGUGCAUUGGUGUCCCCAUGCCGUCCGAUGCAGGUGCAGGCAAUGUUUCAUCCCAGGAAGUGGUGCACUACAGCUGGGAGACAGGGGAUGACCGCUUUGACUUCCGAUACUUCCACACAGGGAUGUGGCUUUCCUGUGAAGAGAGCAUGGAAGGGCCAGAAGAGAAAUGCCGUAGUUUUAUUGAGCUUUCACCGCCAGCAGAGAGAGGAAUCCUGUGGCUGUCGCUGGGAUCAGAGAUGCUGUACAUCAGCUUGCUGCUCAUCAGCUUCAUCCUCCUGAUGGUGGAAAUGCUGCAUACUGGCAAUCCUGUCUGUGGGUUGAAGCUCAAUGCCUUUGCUGCUGUCUCCUCUGUGCUGUCAGGUCUCCUUGGAAUGGUGGCACACAUGAUGUACACUCAAGUCUUUCAGGCAACGGUUAAUCUGGGACCAGAGGACUGGAGACCGCACUCCUGGGACUAUGGCUGGGCAUUCUACAUGGCCUGGGUUUCCUUCACCUGCUGCAUGGCCUCUGCUGUCACCACUCUCAACACCUACACCAAGACGGUGCUGGAGUUCAAAAGGAACCACAUCAAGGGCUAUGACGGGUGCUUCAAGGAUCAGCCUCAGCACCACCAGUGCUUCAUACAGCGGCAAAUAAGCAGCUACUAUGGGCCCCAGGACAAGCCCCUCCAUUCAGUCUCUGAGGGAGUCGACUUCUACUCUGAUCUGCAGCAGAAAGUGCUACAGCGGGAACCAGAGCUGGAUCUGGAUGAGGUCUUGGGACAGACAAUCGGGGAGGACCAUUGUUAGGGAUGAGUGCACAGGGGCAGAGCAGUGGGGUCUAGGAAGCACAAAAGCUCUGAGCCAAACACUAGCACCAGUGUUAUCAAGUUCCUGGGGAGCUCUUUCUCUACAGUUCAGGGAGU